GUUUUCUUCCUACAAAAGAAGCAAGCCAUGGCUUCCAUACUCUCACAAGCUCCACUGCUAACUCUUUUAUCUCACCGCCGCGUGCGCAAUGUCCACUAUACCUCUUGCAGUGCUGGCGCUCCUAAACCUGCGUCCCAGACGAUUUUCAGCAAUCGAAGGCAGCUAGUCUUUCUACUGACUGCAUCAACGGCGCUGACGGCAAGGGAGGCUCCGUCAAUCGCGGAGGAUAUUCCAUUGUUCGGGCUGAGGAAGAAACUGCAGAAAACGGAGGAGGCGGCUGUGGAGAUUGUAAAAGAAGGGUUUGAGGCCGCGGAGAAAGGACUGGAAACAGCAGAGAAAGGGGUUAUAACGAUAGAGAGAGGAAUUGAAGCAGCGGAGAAAGGAAUUGAAACGGCGGAGAAGGGGGUUGAGGAAGCGGUGAGUUUCCCCGCGUUGGCACAGGCCUGCGUGGUGGCUGGUGCGGAGGUUGUAGCGGUUUUUGUGGCCACUUCUGCUGUGAACGGAAUUUUGGAGCCCAGCCGGAAAACUUGACAAGGAUAUCAGAUCAGUUCUUCUUGUGUUAUCAUUAUAAUUUUUUUUAUGCUUCUUGUGUAAAUUUCAUGCUUCAAUGCUGUUCGUUUGGAGAUUUGAACCCAAAAGAUACAAGCUUUGCCUGUGAUUAGUCUUUAAUCUGCGAUAAAUUUAACUUAAAGAAGCUGUUUUGUUU